GGCCCCGCCCCUUGGGCUCGUCUACGGUGCCUCCGCGGUAGCUGUGCAAACAAGCUCGGUCAGCGUCCAAGUUGAGUCUUCGGAGGUGCUGGCCGCGGACGCCACCGACGCACCAUGGCGUCUGCUGCUCUCGGGCUGACGCCGCGCUGGGUGAUGGUCCUCGGCGCCACGCUGCUGCUGCUUCUGCCCGUAGCCUCUGCGCAGGAGCCUCCGGGAGUGGGUUGUUCUCUGUACACAAACAGAUCCUGUGAAGAGUGCCUCAGGAAUGUCUCGUGUCUGUGGUGUAACGAGAACAAGGCAUGCUUGGACUACCCAGUGAGAAAAAUCUUGCCCCCUGCUUCUCUUUGUAAAUUGAGUUCUGCUCGCUGGGGCGUGUGCUGGGUGAACUUCGAGGCCUUGAUCAUCACCAUGUCAGUGCUUGGGGGCUCCGUGCUCCUGGGUAUCACUGUAUGCUGCUGCUGCUGCUGCCGCCGGAAGAAGAGCCGGAAGCCAGACAAGAGCGACGAGCGGGCCAUCAGAGAACAGGAGGAAAGGAGAGUGCGGCAGGAGGAGAGGCGAGCGGAGAUGAAGUCAAGACACGAUGAGAUCAGGAAAAAAUACGGUCUGUUUAAAGAACAAAACCCAUAUGAGAAGUUCUAAAGCAGCUGGCAUAUACUUAUGGCGGAUCUUGCAGUCCCAGAGUUUCCUGGGAGUGCCCUCCUGAGCAUAGCUUGCGGAGACCUUACCACUACAACCACCCAUGACCUGGGUCAUCCCUCCAGCUUCAGCACAGGCACCAGAGUGGCCUUGAGAGGACAAUCCUGCUCUUGUUCCCUCUAUCUCUGUAUGUAAUCACCUGAGACGUUAAUCUUGGUGACGACCUUUUUUGGGGGAGGAAAUGUACUGGUCCCCACACUACAAAAGCCGGCAGCCUGAGGCCUGACUGGCUGUGAGUGACCCUGAUGCAAGAGUCACAUUGCAACAAUGAAGUCAUAUUUACUUUGUUAUGACAAGAAUUGACCCACCAUCCCUGCUUUCCCAAGGCUGUGUUGUGACUGCAAGCCUGUUUCUAUGACAUGUCAUUGUCCCCACAAUCUGGUACCCAGCUAUAUCUAGUAACACAGGAGUGUAUAAAGUCACCCGAAGUCUUUAGUCCCUCAGGAAACAGUCUUACCAAAACCUUUCAUGAAAGGUCCAGGCCUUUUCUUGGAUAGCGUUUUUCAGUUGUCUUUAAUAGACUGAGAAUUCCCACGGAUUCUGAGUUGUGAAUUCAGUUUGACCCUCCCUCCUGUGAUUGCUAAGUCUUCUGCCUCAACUUCUCCAGCUGUGGUGGUGCGUGGAGUCACGUGUCCUCAGAAGGGCUUUUGUGCAGCCCUUGGACAUCUCCCCUCUACCUGUCAGGCUGCCCUGUUGGUCCUGUGUGCAUCAUGAAGGAUGAACAGCUUGUCCACUGGCCAGCCCAUCGGGGAAGCUAGGAGGACCCCACCCUGUACUGCCUACCCAGAAAACUGCCUGAGCAGACACACCCACCCACCUCACUUCCCACCCUGCUUCCAACCAUGGCUCGGCUCCCUGUGUCUGACACAGCUUGUCACGGCACACGAGGGUCCCCACGAUUCCGGAAAUCCAAGCUUGUCACUAGUGUCAUGAGCUUGAUGGCAGGAAAGCUAUUCCCCUGGGAAAUCAGCCGCCAGCAGAUGAGGUAGCCUUACAACAGGCUCCCUCAUGCCUGGACACCUCAUCUAGCAGCUCGGUAACCCUUUCAACUCUGUCAGUCUGUCCAGGGAUUAACAUUUCUCCCCUCCAAUUUUCACAAACUAAGGGAAUGACCUUUACCACUCUGGAGUCUUACCAUUUUUCUGCCUUGUUAGGCAUUUGAUGUAAUUUAAAGCAUUGUCAAACAUUUAAGUAUUAUAGCAGCCAUUGAGAUUUGCCUUUCUACUGCCUGUUGAUAAGGAAUCCUCCUCACAGGCCCUGAUGAACUUUGUAUUAAUAUGUAGCAUGUAUAAAUCAUACUUUUUAGGUUGCUGAGCUGAUGUUAGAGUGACCAGCUGCUAAAUGCAGAGUAUUUAAUUCUCCGGUGUAGAAAUGCAGCAGGUGCUCACAGGACUGCCUGGUCUGUGCCCAACUCUGAGCAGCACGAGGAGCAGCCACAGACCUACGCUGAGACCGUGACACCCAGUGCCUUACUUUUUAACCACUUUCCAAUAAAAUGGUUGGAUAUGGCUUUGAA